AUAUUAUAGUUUAGUGAAAAUUCAACCAAGAUAGAGUAUGAAAAGCUUUAGUUUCAGAGAUGUAAUCAUUAUAUUUAAUGCCGCUUUUCAUUUAAUUGGAUUUGGUUGUUUGAUUUGUGGAAUUUUCGGAGCUGCAUUUUGGGUUCAGAAUUUAAAUUACGGAUAUUUUGAAAUGGGGUUAUUGCGAUCAUGUGAAACAUUAAAAGAAAAGAUAAAAGUGUGCUCAUUUCGGGCAGAAGCUUUUCAGUUUCUCGGUAAAAAUAACAUUACAAAUGUAAACGGUGACCAUCGAGAUAUUGUCUUAGUUUUACUUUUGAUAAGUGGAUUGUUUGCUCUCACUGGAUUUUUACUGUUAAAUUGUUUGUGGUUAAGACGUAACAAAACCGAUGCUUGGAAAAACUUGACUUCUUUAACUACAUUUUUUGCUUCAUCAAGCGGGCUAUUAUUGGUACGUAAAUGGAGCGUAAACUUUAGUUAUUCUUGUUUCAUCUGAGUUCCAAAUGUUUGAUGUUUUAAAAUGAUACGUUCAAAAAUAUUUUUUGACGUUGUUCUUACUACUUUUUAAUUGAACGCAGAAGAUCUAAAAAGACUUGUUGUGACGGUUGUGGCUUAUGUAAAGAUGGUUAGGCAGUCCAUACUGCUAGAUACAACCACAAGCAAAAAAACAAUAGAAAUCUGCGUGGUAUAAUAAAAAUCUGGCUGUUAUAAGCAUUGCGUGUAGAGUUAAGUUGUUUUACAAUACCGUUCAAGAAUCUAAUAAGUCAAUAUAUUUAUACUAUGUAAAUAUGUAUUAAUAAUAACAAUAGUAAUAAAGUAUGAGCAAGUAAUACAGAAAUGUUAUGAAAAUAUUUGCUUGUUAUGCAUAUUUACAGCAUCUGUCAAAUAUUAUACCAAAAUUAAUUCUACUUCUGUUGGCAAUAUUCUUUUUGGUUUUCUGUGUAAAUAUAAAUUUUUGCUAUUUCAAAAACUGAUUUAACUGUUAUAUCAAAGUUGGAUUUUAGGGAUGCUAUGAUUCGCUUCUUCAUAUAAACUAAUUUUUUGUUGAAAAACAAAUUCUACUGUAGCAACCAUAUCUUUUUUGCAAAUCUUCUUACAAAAGAUGUCAACUUGGCAACUCGGCAUUAUAAGACUAAAACAUAUCAAAAGAAAGAAAAAAAUUAUUUUUUUGCUUUUACAUCCUUAUAAUUGUACAGAAAUCAAGUAAAGCUAUACAAUCGGCUUAUUUAAGUAUCUUGUUACAGCUUUCCACCUAAUUUUUUUUAUAAAAA